GGCCAAAACGACUGACGACAACGGAAGUGAUUGAAAGGGGAAAAAAUGAGAAAAUCAUUUUGGAAGUGGAGUGUAAAUGCAUUGCAGCCAGAACAGCACAGUGGUUGAAUUUGGUUUAUCUGUAUCCGGGGUUUAAUAAAUGAUUAUUUUAUUACUGAAGACAGCGCUCGGGUUUAGAAGGGAAGCUGUUCGGGUUUUGUAUACUAUAAGUAUUGUUCUCACCACUGCGUUUGACGCUUUUGUGCCUUUGUCGUGUUCAGAAGAGAAUCGGCAACUGGAGCGCCAUCACUAACCGUCUUAAAAACAACACAAAAAAUUACAAUAUCAAACCAGUAGCAACUGUAUUUAUAUGUAUGCGGAAGCUUUACUUCACGAAGAAGAAAACGCGUACAAGUCUGAUCUCUUCUUGGAGAGUAAGCUUUUUUUUUUCUGAAGAACUGAAGAGGAUUUUUUUUUUUAAUUGAGCAAAAUGUGUACCUCUUGUUUGGGACAGCUGGCGUGUUGCUGUGGUUCAGCCGCUUGCUCGCUCUGCUGUAGCUGCUGUCCGAAGAUCAAGCAGUCCACUGGAACCCGCUUCAUGUACGCACUCUACUUUCUGCUGGUCACUGUCAUCUGCGUCGUCAUGAUGUCUCCCACAGUGGCGGAAGGGAUGAAGGAACACAUUCCCUUCUACAAGGACCUGUGUGAACACAUGAAGGCCGGUGUGAAUUGUGAAAAGCUGGUGGGUUACUCGGCCGUCUACAAAGUCUGCUUUGGGAUGGCCUGCUUCUUCUUUAUCUUCGCUCUUUUCACAAUCAAAGUACAAGACAGCACGAGCUGCCGGGCACACGUCCAUAACGGGUUCUGGUUCAUGAAAUUUGCGGUGCUGCUCGCCUGCUGCUCAGGAGCCUUCUUCAUUCCAGAUCAGGAUACAUUCCUCAAUGUGUGGCGUUACGUCGGGGCAACAGGAGGAUUUCUCUUCUUGGUCAUCCAGCUCAUCCUCCUGGUGGAGUUUGCCCACAAGUGGAACAAAAACUGGAGUUCAGGUACGAAGCACAACAAGCUGUGGUAUGCAGCUCUGGCCCUGGUCACUCUCGUUCUGUUCUCCGUGGCCGUGGGGGCCCUGAUUCUGAUGGGUAUAUUCCACACCCAUGCAGAGGGCUGCACACUCAACAAGAUCUUCCUGGGGGUCAAUUCUGGCCUUUGCCUAUUCGUCUCCAUACUGGCCAUCACUCCAUGCAUUCAGAAACAUCUACCAAACUCGGGUCUGCUGCAGUCAGGAGUUAUCAGUGUGUACGUCAUGUACCUCACAUACUCGGCACUGGCGAGCAAACCUGCAGAACAAAUUAAGGGGCCAAAUGGUAAUAACAUUACCAUCUGUGUCCCUUCCUUCAGCUCGGGCCUAGACGAUGAUAACAAGCUAGUUUCAACUCUGGGCACCAUUAUAUUGUUUGGCUGUGUUCUGUACUCCUGUCUGACCUCUACAACACGAUCAAGCACAGCAGCUCUGCGGGUGUGCAAGACCACUGUCCCUGACAACGAGGUGGCACGUUGUUGUUUCUGCUGUGGCCCAGAAGAUGAUGGUGAUUAUGAAGUGGAUAAUAAACACGGAGGGCAGGCAGUAAUAUAUGAUGAGAAGGAAGGCACGGUCUACAGCUAUGCGUUUUUUCACUUUGUCUUCUUCCUCGGGUCUCUUUACGUCAUGAUGACUGUCACUAACUGGUUCCAUUUCGAUGAUGCGAAAAUUGAGAAGCUGUUCCAUGGGAGCUGGUCCACCUACUGGAUCAAGAUGGCUUCCUGUUGGGCCUGUCUCCUGCUCUACACCUGGACCCUCAUUGCCCCCAUUGUCUGCCCAAAAAGGGAGUUCAUCAACUGAGGGACUCUGAGCACUACCUUCCUCUUCUUACUGUCAACUGGUUUUGUGUGAACAUGUUUUAAACUCCUAAAGCAUUAUAUAUAGGUACCUUUUUAAAAAAAAAAAAAAAAAAAAGAUUUGCCAGUCAGUAGUAACUGUGUGAGAUGUGUGUUCUUGCAAGCCAUAUAGACUUCCCUAAAGGAUAUCUUGUUCACUUUCCAAUCUCCUCGCUCUGUGAGGAUUCAGGACAGCAAUGGUCUCAAGGCAGGCAGCCACUUUCAAAGGAUUGUGUUACAAUUCAUUUGGUGAAGAGAAAGCUCUCGGAAAGAAACACCAGCAAGCCUCCUGCCUCUUGCCUUGCUUGGAUUUUAGGUCAAACACAAAGCUUGUGGAACUGUGUUUUUUUUUAUUCUCACAAUAGUGUAAUGUAGUACAUUUUAUAUUUUAAAUUACAUGACCAGGAAUAAUAAGAAAUAUACAAAUAAGUGACCACAGACACAAGUGAAUAAUGUCUAAUAUUGUUUGGGGCCAAUAACUGUUAGUUAUAUGUACUGCUCUGGUUAUUAUGAGCUGUAUGACUGUUUUUUUUUUUAUUAUUAUUAUUUAUUUGUUUUAACAAGUUUGAAAGCCAUAACCAAAAAAAAGGGAUUGUAUUGUAUUUCCACAAAGAAACAGGGAUCAAAUAUUAAGUUUCUUUUCUAAAAAAAAUAUCCAUUUGAAAAAAAAAAAUUCUUCAGGGGUUUACAGUAAAGGAUUUGUCUUUCUUAAUUGUGUGAAUUCAGGUUAUUCCUUCUUUCCGUACAUGUCUUUAGUUUGCAUGUUUAACUGAAAACAAAGCAUUCUGUUCUGAACACAUCAUA